AUGGCUGUCGACGUCUCCUUCACUCAAGCUGCAUCCGUCGUCAUCCUCGGUGCAGUUUCGCUCUUUGCGUGUUAUCCCCAGCUCAAAGCUCUUUUCGGUGGAAACGUGACACUCCCGCCUCUCGUAAAGUACAAGGCACGGUGGCUUGAAGUUCAUGCGCUGUAUAGUUCGCUAAGUCAUCCACAGUGGCCUAUCUUGGGCUCUACCUUCGACUUCAUCAAGGAUCCUGAAGGCUUCACUCGCGAAGCGUGCAAGAAAUAUGGGCCCGUCUUCCGGGUAUACUUCCGUGGUCACGUUCAAGCCGUAGUCGGUAAAGACCACGUUAGAGACAUCUUCCUCAACCCCGCCUUCAGCUACGAGGAAGCUGUCAAGGACGAGUUCCGCCUCGCUGACAUGUUGGGGACUUCCAAGACUAAAUUAGAGCCCCAUCGGCUGCUGGCGGGCGUCCUCACCCCGUACCUUGCUCGGUUCAUCCCCGUGCUCUCCGGCGUGCUGACAAGAGGCUUUGAUGUCGGCGUGGGCAUGGAGCUGGCUACACCCAAGCAGAUUGAGGAUCCUUCAGGCCUUAUUUCAGACGUCAUCGCUCGUGCUACUACUGUCUGCUUCUUCGGCGAGGGACUUGGCACGAACCCCGAGCUCAUUCCCCUCUACAAGGACUUUGCUCUCUCGAUCGGCCACUUCGUCAAUCGCAAGAGUCCCAUCCUGGCCCUUUUCCCUUCCAUCGCUAAGCUGUACAUGUGGAUCAAGUUCACGUUCUCAUCGCCCACGGCAUCUUACCGCGCCACUGUCCUGAAAUAUACCAUGCCCGUUGUGAACGAGCGGCGCGCCAAGAUGGCAGAGCUCGGCGACGAUUACGAUGCUCCCCUCGACUCUCUGCAAGCGUACCUUAACAUGAUACCGCCGGACCAGCCGAUCGACGAGAUGGAGCUCGGCACGAUGAUGCUCACGCUCGUGUUCUUCUCCAUUCACACCACGACGAAACGCACGACUAUCUGUCUGUACAACCUCGCGAAGUACCCGCAGUUCCUGCAGGAGCUGCUGGACGAGCAGAAGGCGAUACUGGGCGACAAUUGGAUGGAUGGAACCGUGACCUUGGACCACCUUAAGCGACUUGUCAAGCUGGACAGUUUCAUCCGUGAGAGCUUCCGCACGGGUGGUCGGAGCAUCGCUCUGCCGCACAAGAUAGUCGGAAUGGACGCAUGGGCACUGCCAGGUGGAUUUGUCCUCCCAAAGGGCACGGUGGUGAAUAUCAACACUGACGACGUGUACUAUUCGCCGGAGCUGCAGGGCCCGAACCCCGAGGAGUUCAAUGCGUGGCGGUUCGUCGGCACCGACAAAGGGGCAGCACGUAUCGGACCGGACAUGGUCGCGUUUGGAUUGGGAAGGCACGCAUGCCCCGGCCGAUUUUUCGCUGUUCACGAGAUGAAGAUCGCGCUGAGCCUGAUCCUGAAACGCUACCGCAUCAGCUUUCCUGAGGGGGUGAAGCCGUCUGGAUCGGGUCCACUUGUCUUUACUCCUAUGCGAGCACUGUGA